AUGUGUGAUACCUUAAAGAACAACUAUCAACUCUGUGAAGAGAUCGGCCGAGGAAGAUUUGGCACAAUCUCUCGUUGUUUUUCACCCAUCAAGAACGAUUUCUUUGCUUGCAAAUCUAUAGACAAGAAUCUCCUUAAUGAUGCAACAGAUCGUGAGUGUCUUCAAAAUGAAGCAAAGAUCAUGUCACUCUUGUCUCCACAUCCAAACAUUGUCCAAAUCUUCGAUGUCUACGAUACUGAAGAUUCUCUUCACAUGGUAUUAGAGCUUUGCAAGCAGAAUACUCUUUAUGAUCUUUUGAAAACGAGUAAUGGCGGAUUAAGCGAAGCCAAAUCUGCGUCGAUAAUGAAACAAUUAUUGACAGCAAUAGCGCAUUGCCAUAUAUGUAGUAUUGUGCAUAGAGAUAUAAAGCCGGAUAACAUAUUGUUUGAUGAGAUGAACCAGGUCAAAUUGGCGGAUUUUGGGUCGGCUGAUUGGAUUGGGGAGGAGGGGACGGUCAGUGGGGUGGUGGGUACACCGUACUAUGUGGCGCGUGAGGUGGUGAUGGGGAGGGAUUAUAAUGAGAAAGUUGAUGUGUGGAGUGCUGGUGUCGUUUUGUAUGUUAUGUUGGCUGGAUUUCCGCCGUUUUACGGAGAGACAGUUGAGGAGAUUUUUGAGGCUGUUGUUAGAGGGAAUUUGAGGUUUCCUCCUAAGAUUUUUAGAAAUGUUUCUCCGGAAGCAAAAGAUCUAUUGAGGAAGAUGAUUUGUAGAGACGUUUCGAAGAGAUUUUCAGCUGAGCAAGCUCUGAGGCACCCAUGGAUCUUGAGAGGAGGAGAGACACUGGGUGUCCGUCUUGUUGUAAGUCAAAAGAUUUGGUACUCACAGUCACAGGCUGCUUUCAUAUUUGUGGAAGAAGACCUUCGCAUAUAG